AUGUCUCAUCCUUGCAUUCACUUGAUCUCUCUGUCUGUGGUCUCAGUGUUUCCAUACCUUCCAAUUUGUUGCAGCACUCCUCAAGUUAUGAGCAACUUUCGCCUGUCUAAAAACAGUGUACAUGGAGAAAUUCCUCCUUCCAAUGCAAACUUUUCAGAACUUCAGACACUAGCUCUUAAUGACAAUGACUUAAUAGGGGACAUUCCACCAUUUAGAUCUCCAAUGGGGCUGUCGUCUAGUCUUUCGAGGAUUGAUCUUUCAUUUAACAAUUUGAAAGGCAGCAUACCAUACAAUAUUGGUAGGCCUUCCUUCCUCAAAUAUCUGGUUCUGCAUGACAACCAGGUAAGUGGCGAUAUCUCAAGCUCUUUGCGUCAUCUUUCAGUGUUAAAACAACUUGAAUUAUAUAACGACAACAUGCUUUCUAGAUUAAUACCUCGGGGAAAGCAGUUUUCAAUUUUUGAUGCUUCUUCAUUUCUAGGGAACCCCAAACUUAGGGGGCCUUCCCUGAAAAAUAGAACACAGAUCACUGGUAAAGGUGAAAGAGGCAAGGACGUAGAGCUGAAUAGUACAGGAGUUGCAGAUAUAGAUAAAAUGGAUUGA